CAGCGAAAAUGAAAUCAGAGGCACUUGACGCACUCACCACACAAACAAUGAGACCGAAAGCGCUGGACGCUGUUGCAGCUCAGAAGGAAGGGGAAACGUCAUCAGACACGAGAUCACCCGCUCGGCAGCAGGUAUGCUCUCAGAUUACUGCUACUCGAAUUCCAGCAUCAGCAUCGGAUGGCUCCACCGAAGACAACCCGACUACUCCGAUCCCUACAGCCACCACCAUCGUUUCAGAGGUCGCCCAAAGCGUCAAGUCAGCAGUCGACACCGCCAUCGCAUGGGCCGAAACGAAAGUCGAGAGCCUAAGCGCAGAGCACGAUAGCACAGGCCCGUAUACCUCACCAGCGACUUGCAUGCCCUCGGACCUCGAUGCCAUUGCCAGUGGGAUUCUGCCUGCUAUGCCGAUUGCGAGACAAUACGAUGGAGGGAUUGAUGAUGAUAAGAAGGAAGCAAAGGGUACUGAGAAGAGCACCAAGACUGGAGACGGACAGAGCGAGAAGAAUGGAGAGAAGCAGGAUGACGAAGCAGAGCCUAAGUUGUAA